AUGCUCGGAGACGGGAACGAGGUUCUCAGCAGAGUCUUUGGUUGGACAUCAAUAGCUUGCUGGUUGGUAGUGUACACCCCGCAGAUCAUCGAAAACCAUCGCCUCAAGUCCGGGGAAGGCUUGAGUGUAUUUUUUGUAGUCAUCUGGCUGAUUGGAGACAUCUGCAAUCUCGUUGGCGCAAUCCUUGCUCAUCUUCUGCCAACUAUCAUUAUUCUUGCUUUAUAUUAUACCGCAUGCGACUCUAUUCUGCUUAUACAGAUAUACUACUACCGCUGGGAGAAGGCAACGUCAUCUGCGACACCUUUCCUCGUGGAGGAAGACAACAACACUCUACCACCUAAUCCAUCCGAAGAAGCACCUCUGCUCGGUGGUAACGAGCGCGACAGCGAAGCGGAACACGGGCUAUCCGCGUCGAACGAAUUCGCAAAAUAUGCUGGCGCUCUAGUCUUUGUUUUUGCCAGCGGGAUCACAGCGUGGGCUGUCGACGAAUUCAUCCAUAAGGGCCAGGCUAGGUCGAAGCCGCAGGAAGAAGUCGUGGAAUGGAGAAGCCAGGCACUUGGCUGGUUUAGUGCCGUAAUGUACCUGGGUGCGAGGAUACCACAGAUCAGUGCGUGCAUUUCCUCAUACACUGCUACACUUAAUGAGCGGCCGGAGCCAGUUAAAAACUUCAGGACGAGGUGUGAGGGGCUGUCGCCGUUCCUCUUCGUGUACUCUAUUACGGGAAACAUCACCUACGUGCUGUCCAUACUCGCGGCGUCAAUGAGCCUCAAGCAUCUCACAGCGAACGCAUCGUGGAUUGCUGGGAGCGCGCUCACUGUGUUCCUUGAUUCCUUCGUGCUCUGUCAGUUCUUCUGGUAUCGGGUGCGCACGUCGGGAUCGAUCGAGGAGUAA